AUGGAUCUCUCACAUAAAGACAGUAAAAAAUCAAAGAAAAGUCAGGAAAAAGCAACAACCCCGCAACCGGCGACAACCUCCAAGUUCCAACCCUCACUUCUAAACCCCGCCCAUCCAUUACAAGCACAAUCAGUUAUAAGCCCAGCAACAAAAAACACCUUGAUACCGGCACAAAAGGAAUUCACAGUGGAGGACGAUGACGAGUUAGAAAUAGAAAGCCCUGCCAGAGAACAACCGAAAACUCCGCUGGAGCAGACGCUGCAGGAGAGCCUGUCUCCUCUGUCGGAAGUAUUCUCGGGAGAGCAAUUGAAAACAUUGUCAGCAGUGAUGGCCGCUUUGUCAGAGCUACCUGCCUCGCAACAGCCAGGUUCAGUCGGCAGUCUAAGAAAGACCAGGUCGGCGGUUCCCCAGCUACCGGUUAGGGAUCUCCUAACCGCCCUGAAUCAAGAAAACACCCCCGAAAAAAGGAAGCGCUCGGAUCCGGCGGAAACAGAAUGGCCUGAAACAGAGCAAGUCCCAACCGCGGAAUAUGAGCGAAGAGCGCCGGUUCUACAGAUAGCUAGACGGCAGACAAUCCAGCCCAAGGAUUCUCCUCUGUGCCGGGAAAUCCUAGAAGAAAGGAUGGAAAGGAUAAAAAUCCCGACAGGGAGAUACGAUGGGACGACGGAUCCGGAGGAUCACUGCACCACAUUCGAACAGCACAUGAUGCUGUACACAGAUUCUGAUGCCAUGUGGUGCAAAGUAUUCCCAUCCACGCUCUUAGGAGUUGCAGCAAGCUGGUAUAAGGGCAUAGAGGCACACUCCAUAUACAGUUUUCGACAGCUGCAGACGUCGUUUUUGUCACGAUUUGUGAGCAAACAGAAGAGAAAGAAAUCGUCGGGAGAGUUGAUGUCGUUCGCUCAAAGAGAUAGAGAGCCGUUAAGAGAUUAUCUCACCCGCUUUAACAACGAAUCAAUCACUAUUCCCAAUUUGCAGCAGGAGGUUGCUGUUCUGGCUCUGAUGAGGGGAAUGCAAGAGUGCGAAUUCAAGAAGUACCUCAGCCGGAAGUCGUACACCAAUCUGGGUGACGUCCUGCACAAGGCCAAUGAGUACAUCAGGGGGGAUGAAAUGAUGAAGAUCUCCAAUGUGGUUGUGGGAACCGGCGGAAAUGUCGGGUACAAUCCAGGCUACAACCCGCAGGCGGGAAAAGGAGGAAACAGUUUUCAUCAGAGCAAUAAUCAGCAAGGGGCCAGCCAGAGAAACCAGAAUAACAGAAAUGCCAAUCCACAGGGGCAGAAACCCCGGCAAGACAGAAGGGAGUCCAGAGGACUCUUUGAUAACUACACUCCGCUGAACACACCGCGGACGGCAAUUUAUAACAUAAACAACAAAAUGGACGGCUGGAUAAGGCCGCCACCAAUGCAGAGUAGGGAAAGGAAUUAUAGGGCGAGGCAAGGAAAUGGUAACAACAACUCGGUGGGGGGAAACCCUGCCAAUUCAUACCGGCCACAACAGCAAAAUCAACAACAAUACCCUAGAAUCGAACAGCCAUAUCAGCCACCUAGAAUCGAGCAAAAACAGCCGAAAACCAGUGCCAGAGCAGAACAGAGGGAUGGCGGGAAAAAACCACCCGUGUAUGUAAUUUCUGGCGGUCCAGUCCACGGAGGGACAAUAAGCGGCGCCAGUAGAAGCUUGGAGGAACACAGGCACAUGGUAAACUAUCAUAACACAAGAGUGUGGCCUAACCCACCCAGCAUACCAGUGAUGACGUUCUCGGAAUCGGAUUACAGAGGCAUCAUUUUCCCGCAUGAUGACCCGCUAGUUCUUACAAUUGAUAUAGCAAAUGCCGAUGUGAACAGAGUACUGGUAGACGGCGGCAGCUCAGCAAACAUCAUCUUCUGGGAAGCCUUCAAACAAUUGCACAUACCAGAGGACGAGCUUCAAAGGGUGAACUACCCAGUAAUCGGUUUCUCAGGAUCUACAGUUUACCCAGAGGGUAGUAUACGGCUGCCGGUGAAAAUCGGAGAAGGAUCUGAAAUGCGAGAUCUCAUGGUGGAUUUCCUAAUCAUUAAAGUACCAGCGGCCUACAAUGUGAUCAUCGGUCGCCCAUUCAUACAUGACGUGCAGGCGGUAGUCUCCACCUAUCACUUGACAAUGAUAUAUAUGUCGAACCUGGAAAAUAUCGAGCUGGAGGUUGGAAACAUGGAUAGAACAGUCGUGAUCGGUACAGAAAUGGGGAGUGACAUGAAGGUCAACCUCAUAAGCUUGCUGAGGGAGCACGCGGACAUCUUCGCAUUCUCGGCGGAUGAGAUGCCUGGUAUCGAUCCAGAGAUAAUGGUCCACCGGUUAAACGCCGACAGAAAUGUUAGGCCUGUACGGCAGAAAAAACGUAAUUUCUCCACGGAAAAAAUGGCAGGAAUACAAGAAGAGGUGGAUAAACUGCUGGCGGCUGGUUUUAUUGAGCCAUGUGACUACCCUGAAUGGUUGGCAAACGUAGUAAUGGUAAAAAAGUCAAGUGGGUCAUGGAGAAUGUGCGUAGAUUUCACCAACCUUAACAGGGCAUGUCCGAAAGAUUUCUACCCACUACCACGGAUUGAUAGGCUGGUAGACUCUACUAGCGGCCAUGCAAUGCUCAGUUUCCUAGAUGCUUUCUCAGGGUAUCAUCAGGUCAGCCUGCAUAAAUCAGACAGGAAGAAGGCGACCUUUAUCACGGAUGCAGGAGUUUUCUGUUAUAAGGCGAUGCCAUUCGGGUUGAAAAAUGCAGGGGCAACGUAUCAAAGGCUGGUCGACAAGGUGUUUGCCGACCAAAAAGGCAGAAACGUGGAGGUCUAUGUAGAUGACUCUAUCGUAAAAAGCCGGAAGGAGGAGGAUCAUGUUAGCGACCUCCGAGAAACUUUUGAAACUUUGAGAAAAUACAGGAUGAAAUUAAACCCAAAAAAAUGCGUCUUCGGAGUAAGGUCGGGAAAAUUCCUGGGUUUCUUGGUCAGCGAGCGUGGCAUAGACGCUAACCCUGAAAAAGUAGAAGCAAUCAUCAGUCUGCCGCAACCCAAAAGCGUAAAAGAUAUACAGCGGUUGACAGGAAAAAUGGCCGCCUUAAACAGAUUUGUGAGCAAGUCGGCAGAUAAGCAAAUGCCCUUCUUCACAACCUUGAGGCAAAACAAGAAGUUCAAAUGGGGGCCGGCAGAGCAAGAGGCUUUUGAAGCUCUAAAAAGUCACCUAAAGAACCUGCCAACAAUAGCAAGAGCAAAAGAGGGCGGCAAAUUACAAUUGUACAUAUCGGCGUCGCCAAAAACAGUUGCAGCAGUACUGGUAGCUGAAACAGAAAACAAAGGGCAGCAGCCGGUAUAUUUUGUGAGCCAUGUUCUAAACGGCCCAGAAACAAGAUACACGUUGGUGGAAAAAAUGGCAUAUGCAGUCCUCAUCGCGGCUAGAAAGUUAAGACCAUACUUUGAUGCGCAUACAAUCGAAGUGCUAACAAACUUUCCUCUCGAAAAAGCCAUCAGCAAGCUAGAUACAUCAGGCCGGUUGCUAAAAUGGGCAAUAGAGUUGUCCGAGUUUGACUUGGAAUUCCGGCCAAGAACUGCAAUCAAAGCCCAGGCAUUGGCGGACUUCAUAGUUGAAGCGUCAUACCAAGAAGAUGAAGUACAAGCUGAAGUAUGGGAUGUGUCAGUGGAUGGUUCAGCUGCACAGACAGGCAGUGGGGCUGGAAUAAUCAUGAAAUCGCCAACAGGAGACAUUUUUGAGUAUGCUAUAAAGUUUAUGUUCAACGCGUCAAAUAACGAGGCAGAAUACGAGGCAGCAAUUGCCGGCAUCCAAAUGUGCCUCGCAGCAGAUGCCAAAAGAGUAAUACUGACAACAGACUCCCAGCUGGUAGCAAGUCAAUUCAGCGGAGAAUAUGAGGCCAAAGAACCUUCAAUGGUCAAAUACCUGGAGAAGUUGAGGUCAGUGUCGGCUCAGCUAGAGAAAUUCAGCAUUAAUCUGGUACCCCGAGCAGAAAACACACUGGCAGACGCACUAUCAAAGUUAGCAAGUUCAAAUGUCGCCGACUUGAAAAGAACAGUCAUGAUGGAAGUCAUGAAUAAGCGAAGUACGGAGUCGGAGGUAAUACGGGUCAUGGCCAUCACAACUACCUCAGAAUGGUACGAUAAUAUCCAAACAUACAUACAGACUGGAGCCCUAACAGCAGAUUUGGCAGAAGCCAAAAAGACAAAAAGGGACGCGGUUUGGUACAUCAUCCUGUGGGGACGGUUGUACAAAAAGUCAUUUAGCCUGCCAUUCUUAAGGUGCCUGACAGCAUUCGAGUCAGCAAGGCUGAUCGAAGAGAUGCACGAAGGAACAUGUGGGAACCAUGCCGGUGGAAAACCCCUUGCCAUCAUCUGUCAAAGGCAAGGCUAUUACUGUCCAACAAUGUUAGAAGAUUGUCGAGCUUAUGUAAAAAAGUGCGAGAAAUGUCAAAAGUUUUCAGCUGUGAUAAACUUGCCAGCCAAUGAUUUGAUGCCCAUUCUGAACCCAAUCCCAUUCGCACAAUGGGGAAUGGAUAUUGUUGGACCAUUCCCAAUGGCGGCUGGAGGGCGCAAGUUCUUAAUAGUAGCAGUGGACUACUUCACCAAGUGGAUAGAAGCAGAGCCGGUAGCAAAAAUAACGGCAAACCAGGUGAAAAAGUUCACAUGGAAAAAUAUAAUAACAAGAUUCGGGCUGCCGCAGGCAAUAGUUUUUUAUCAUGGAUCAAAGUUUGAUUGUGCACCCAUACAAUGCUUCCUGGGAUUAUACAGAGUAAAGUUAGCUCACUCGUCAGUAUGUCACCCACAGAGCAAUGGACAAGCAGAGGCGGCGAAUAAGCAAAUCCUGGCUGCACUGAAAAAGAAGCUAGAAGACUGUAAAGGCAAAUGGGCAGAUCUUAUGCCAGAAAUUCUGUGGUGCAACAGAACUGCUAUCAAGGAGGCUACCGGCGAGAGUCCAUUUAAGUUAAGCUUCGGGUCUGAGGCUGUCAUACCGGCAGAAAUGGCUCUGCCAACCAUGCGAAUCCAGCAUUACGAUGAGGAGAGAAACGAUCAGCUGCUGCGACAUCAGUUGGAUUUCAUGCCAGAAAUCAGUUCGGCAGCAUACAAAAGCAGAAUGAGCAGAGCAUACAACAAGAAAGUGAAACACCGGCCUCUAGGAGUAGGAGACCUGGUACUGCGGAGAACGGCGGCAACAGGAAAAGGAAAUGCUCAAGGAAAACUGACAGCCAAUUGGGAAGGACCAUACCAGAUAUGGGAGGAAAUUGUUCCUGGAUCAUACCGGUUAAUGCAAAUGGAUGGUACCGCGCUCAAAAACUCCUGGUACGCCAGUACUCUGAGAAAGUACUAUGUUUGA